GGGGAAUUGCCGCUGCAAGUCUGAGACCUGAGGCCCGGCAGGAGCAUCUUUGGAGCAACCGGUUCUGAUCGGUGUAGAAUCACAUCGAUCCCACUGGCUGUAUUUGUGCUCCGGACAUUCCUUGGAAAAUGCCACCUAAGAAUAAGGGAAAGGCAAAAAAGGGGAAGAAGAAAGCAGCAGAAGGAGACAAUAUUGAAGAGAAAUACAAACAAACUGUACAUCAAGUGGAAUCACUGAAAGACCAGUUAGUUCUGCGGAGGGAUAUCGCAAGACAGGCCUUGCUCGUUAAAGAGGAAUGGAAGGCAAAGCUACAGGUUCUCAAGAAUGACUUGAAAGAAGAGCAGGCCAUUAAGAAGUCGAUCCAUUCAGAUAUGACCCGUCAGUACAAGACAAUGCGGUCAGAGCUGGACCUCCGAGUCCAUCAGCUGGAGAUUGAGGUCGGUCAUCUACAGCAGCAACUCACAUCAUGUCAGCAACAGCUAGUGAAGGCACAGGAGGAGAAAGCACAGAUUAUCAAGGAGAAAGAUUCCACCAUCAAAGAGCUCCAGAUGAAAAUAGAUGACAUGGAGACUGAAUAUGAGGCCAUCCUCCAUGAUAGUCUGGACCUGCUGCUGAACAAGCUGGAGAAGGCUAGGCUGCAGUGGGAGAAAGCAGCAACAAACUUACACUCAGAGCACAAGAAAAAACUGCUUGAAUUUGGGCUCAACCCACUGGAGAUUUAACGCACGGAUGGCAGUGGAGAAACAAUCUGAGUGCCUCCCUCCUCGGUCAA